UUUACUGCGGACAAAAGUGCGGCGUUCUCGUGUGAAAUUGGCUCGGUUUAAUUCAAAAUUUCAAGUAAAACUAUCUGAAAAUGAAUCUUGAACCGAUAAACAAUGCCUUAUCCAACUUGCGGGUUCUGCGGUCCAGCGUUGGGCAAGUUUUCGAAACACUUGGAAACGGAGUUCGGGCAGAGCAUGGCGACGAAGGAAAGGAACAGAAAUUUCUCCAGGAGCUGCAAGAACUUUUGAAUUCGGUCAACUCUAAUUUGAGGGAUUUCGAAACAUGCAUAAACGAUCUGACCCCGCCCCAGGCACCGUUCAAUUUGGCCAACACGGCCUAUCUGUCCCUGGAGACGAAUCUGGAACGGCAAGCGCUGUAUCCGCACCUGGUGCAGAGCUACAAAUGGCACGACAAGCUGCAUGAGUACAGCUCCUUCGCGGCCACGCUGAUGCAGCAGAAUGCGCUCAAACGGUCCUAUUACACCAAUACCAAACGGCGCCGCUCGCUUCCGUCCAGCCAUCUCGCUACGCCACAAGUCGUUGACAAUCUCAUCGGUAGCAUUCAUUACAACAAUAUGAAUCUGAAAAUCGUUCGCCCGUUUCUACAGAAUGCGAUUCUUCACAUCACGAUUUCCCGGGUGCUGAGGGCGGCUGUCAUUCUCAAGGGACUGCUAAUCGAGUGGGUCACCGUAAAGGGCUACGACGAAUCGCUGAUCGACGGUGUCGAUGAGCACUGGACCGAAUCGCGGCAUCUGGUGUUUCGCAAGGUGCAAGACCACGCCCACUCGGCGAUGCUGCAUUUCUUCUCGCCUACCCUGCCGGAGCUGGCCAUUCGAAGUUUUAUUACUUGGUUCCGGAGCUAUGUGACCCUGUUUGCUGAUCCCUGCAAAAAAUGCGGUAAGCAUUUGCACAAUACAUUGCCGCCGACUUGGAGAGACUUGAGAACGCUCGAGCCAUUCCACGAAGAGUGUAAGAACUGAUAGUGUAGUCGUAUAUUCCGGUAAGUAUCUUUAUGUUUUCUAAUUAAACUGAUUCUGAUCGUAUAA